CAUUCGCGAAUCGAACACAACUAGCGGAAACGUCAUGAAGUGACAGCAGCAGCAGCAGCAGCUCGCGGUGAGUCGAGCUCCGCAGCCGCCCCGUUUCCCUUCGAGCACCGAGGCGGAUAUUGCAGCGGAGAGAGAGAGAGAGCGAUCGGACGAAAUCUAGUGUCCGUGUGGUCGAUCAGACCUCCGAUUCUCGGCCUAGCCAUGGACGAGCAGGCGGGCCCCGGUGUGUUCUUCAACAACAACAACAACUCGGUCCUUCCCGGCGGAGCGAAAGCGCCACAACCGGGCGACGGCGGCGAGACGGCCCGCGCUCAGUACAGUAUUCCGGGGAUUUUACACUUUCUGCAGCACGAGUGGGCCCGUUUCGAGGUGGAACGAGCGCAAUGGGAGGUGGAGCGCGCCGAACUGCAGGCUCAGAUCGCAUUCCUGCAGGGCGAGAGGAAAGGCCAGGAGAACCUGAAGAAGGACCUGGUGAGGCGGAUCAAAAUGCUGGAAUACGCUCUGAAACAGGAGAGGGCGAAGUACCACAAGCUGAAGUACGGGACGGAGCUCAACCAGGGCGACAUGAAGCCUCCCAGCUACGACUCAGAUGAGGGCAACGAGAACGAGGCCCUCCCUGAGCCGCCCAACAGUCAGCUGAGCUGGAAACAGGGACGACAGCUGCUGAGACAGUACCUGCAGGAAGUUGGAUACACCGACACCAUCCUGGAUGUGAAGUCCCAGCGGGUCAAAGCGCUGCUCGGACUGGCCGGAGACAGCGGAGAGAGACCCGGAGACAAGCGGCCCGAACCCAUGGUGAACGGGACCGAGCCGUCCUCGCUGAAGGACAGCACCAGCACCAUGAUCGGUAAACCUGAGAUGUCGGACUCGGCGACGGUGCUGGAAGCCUUCAAGUUCAUCGAGAAAGCGGCGGCAGAGUUCAGCGAUGAAGACGAUGAUGAUGAUAGUGAGGGACAAAACAAGACCAUCGUCGACCUCGCCACCAUGGUGAGGAGGAAGGUGUCUCCGUCUCCCUCCUCUUCCUCAGCAGACAUGAGUGAUGAUUUGGACACAGAUGAAGUUCUGAAGGGCUUUGAUUUCCUGGCCAAUAGCGAGGACAUGGAGGGCCCGUCCGAAACGCCUUCCUCUGGAGACAGAACCGACUGGGAGAAGGAAGAGCAGAGCCCCUCGUCUGAGUCCUGGGACGUGGAUGAGGGUCUGAUCUCUAAACUCAAGGAACAGUACAAGAAGGAGCGCAAGGGCAAGAAAGGGGUGAAGAGGCCGAACAGGUGUAAACUGCAGGACAUGCUGGCUAAUCUGCGUGACGCAGAGGAUUUGUCGUCCAUCCAGCCUCCGGUGGCGCCGCCGGUCCGUCCCAGCCUGCCCCGUCUCAACGAGCAUCAGCUGGGCCGCACAGAUGAGGGUAUUUCUGCCUCCGUCACAAACAUGAUCCACUUCAGCCCUGUGCAAACAGCUCAUGUGUGUGAUUGUGUUGCAGUCGAAGCGCUGACGUUCCCUCCCUCCUCGGGAAAGUCCUUCAUCAUGGGAACGGACGAGGCGCUGGAGAGCGAACUGGGUCUCGGAGAACUCGCCGGACUCACGGUGGCCAACGAGGCCGAGAAUCUGUCCUACGACAUCACUAACAACAAAGACGCCCUGCGGAAGACGUGGAACCCCAAGUUCACCCUCAGGAACCACUUCGACUCCAUUCGCGGUCUGGCGUUCCACCCCAUCGAGCCGGUUCUGAUCACGGCGUCUGAAGACCACACGCUGAAGAUGUGGAACCUGCAGAAAACCGCUCCGACCAAGAAGUGUGCAGCUCUUGAUGUGGAGCCCAUCUACACGUUCAGGGCUCACAGGGGUCCGGUUCUGUGUGUGGUGAUGAGCUCCAGUGGAGACCAGUGUUUCAGCGGAGGUUUGGACGGAUCCAUUCAGAGCUGGAACACUCCGAACCCGAACAUCGACCCCUAUGACUCGUACGAGCCGUCUGUGCUGCGGGGGGCGCUGUGCGGACACACAGAUGCAGUGUGGGGAUUGGUCUACAGCUCGGCUCAUCACAGACUGCUGUCCUGCUCCGCCGACGGGACGGUGCGGCUGUGGAACGCUGCAGAUGCUGCUCCUUCCAUCGCCGUCUUCAACGAGAACAAAGAGCUGGGCGUCCCGUCGUCCGUGGAUCUGGUCUGCAGUGAUCCGGCUCACAUGGUCACGGCGUUCAGUAACGGCAGGAUGGGCAUCUUCAACAUGGAGACCCGGCAGCUGCUUCUGGAGCUCGAGUCGCAGACGGCCGGAAAACCCGAUGCGCCGUGUCAGAUCAAUAAAGUCCUGAGUCACCCGACGCUGCCCGUCACCGUCACGGCACAGGAGGAUCGGCACAUCCGGUUCUUCGACAAUAACACAGGCAAGUUGAUUCACUCUAUGGUGGCUCAUCUUGACGCUGUCACCAGUCUCGCGGUGGAUCCCAACGGACUCUAUCUGAUGUCUGGCAGUCAUGACUGCUCCGUGCGUCUGUGGAACAUGGAGAGCAAGACGUGCAUCCAGGAGUUCACCGCUCACAGGAAGAAGUUCGACGAGUCCAUUCACGACGUGGCGUUUCAUCCCACCAAGUGCUACAUCGGCAGCGCGGGAGCCGACGCCCUCGCCAAAGUCUUCGUAUGACCUUCGACCUCCGACCAAAACUGCUUCCACGAACUCGAAGCCCGAGCGGGAGGCGAGGGCUGAUGAUCCGGGCGGGCCUGGUGCUGGAGGGGAAGCGCACACGCCGCCGCCCUUCACCGAGGGACGCGUCUGUUCCUCCACCAAACACCUCCUCCGUUCAGCCUCACAGGAAGUUGGGCGCUUCCCACACUUCUGUAGUUUUACGUUCAUUAAUUUUCCUUUGGUUGUUUCUCUCCUGACGUGAGCGUGUCACUCUUUCUGAUUUCUCUCCUUUUAAACGACGUGCCUUUUGCUUCAAACAGUCGGAUUCUCUCCGUUCCUCUCCGGCGAGGGAAAUGAACCUCGCUGGUGUUUUAAACUCACCAAAUACGUCAAAUUAUUGAGACGGACGUCAUUUUAAACACUGAAACUAGCUGAUCUGGUGCGUUUCUCAGAUGCACAGCGUAAAUGAAUCAAAGGACUAGAAUAUGAUCCUCUUGUCUGAGAGACGUUGUUAAUUUAUUCAAUUCAAAUUGUACAUAAUAUAAGAUAAAAACGACUCGAUGUUUGAAACCUUGCGGCUCAGAAAAGUUCUACAUUUCUAAAUGUUUGCGUCGGAUAUAAAUCCACUUUCGGCAUCGAGAAGCUCAUUUCACCUCAAAAUCAAGAGAAUAUUUGUGCGUCAAGUUUUUUUCAUUAUGUUAAACAAAGUAUUGCUCAUUUUCAUAUUUUGUUAAAUAUACUUCUUUUGAUUUUAUGGUGAAAUCAAUCGGUUUCUUGAGAUUCAGUCAUCAUAAGCGUUACGUUUAAUUAAUAAUAUUACUACGAAGUCGGAUGUUUUGCGCGUAAACCUGCGGUUUCUCCUGAGGGUCGAUCCGACGAAACUCAGUUUGACGCCUCGCCUGAUGUUUUUAUUUUUAAAAUCGGAACGUCUGUGAAAUCAUCUUCUGUUGAACGCCAACUUUGUGUUGUAACAAACAUGGAGACCAAAUCUCUGGUCAGAUCUGUAACGGUGAUCGUUUGACUAGAGUUCGACCCGUUAAUGAAUAUUUGUGGUUUAAGUGAUCAUGCAGAAAAGUCUUAUAAUAGUUUUUUUUGACAAGCUGUACUCAAAGUACAAUGAAUCGGAGGUCUAUUUUUGUCUGAAAUCUGUUGUGAUGUUUAUUUAUUUUUUUGCCUUUUUCCUCUUUUUGCCUGUAAUGCCAAAUGAAUAACUAGUUAUCUGGUCAAAUGUAAUCCGGGACUCGGUAACAUCGUUCGCUCAUCCUCACCUUCUCUAGCUGCACAGGUGGUGGUUUAUGUAUUAGAAGAAAAUGAUUUGAAAUCUAUAGUUUGGAAACAGAUACUAGUGUUUUUUAUCAUUGUAUGACUGGUGAGCGGUUGCAGAUAGAUCGUAACCCACGUUUUGCAGGUUGAGGUUUUUUAUUUGAAACUCUUCGGCUUUAUUUGAACUCGUCUGUGAUUACUUGAACUCUCUAGGCGUGCGUGUGCAGGUCUGCGUGUUUUUAACUGCUAGGAUAGAGAUUUUCUGCUUUUAUCGGGAAUCGUUUGCCUUUAACUGAUGACAUGAGCACUACAAGACAACUGAGUGUUUGUGCGUUUCCUUCAGGUCUGUGAAUCGCGACGUGUGGAAAUGGCGGAAGUUUGCUACUCGACCAAAUGUUGUUAAAGGACUAGUUUAACCAAACUUGAAAUCUGUCACCAUUUACUCACCCUCAAAACCAUGUGACUAUGAGGGGGAAAAAAAAAAUUAAAAAGGUAGAUGUGACUUUUUAUAUCACGUUUUUCUCGGAAUAUGAGUUUAUAUCUUGCCGUUCUGGAGAAAAAAAGUUAAUUGUGAAUAAUUUCUCGCAAUUCCAAACAUAAAACUCACAAUUGCCUUUUUUUUUUUUUUUUGGAAUUGUAAGACAAAAACUAGAAAUUAUGAGAGAAAAUGAUAGACGUAAAAAGUCGAAUUGCAAGACAUUAACUUGAAAUUCUGAGGAAAAAAAGUCAAAAUUGCAAAAAAAUUCUCGCAAUUCCAAAUUUGUAAGACAAACUAGAAAUUACGAGGAAAAAGCUAAGGUUAUGAAGUCAGAAUUGUGAGAUAUAAACUUGCAAUUAAAAUUAGUAAUUGUGACUUUUAAUAUCACAGUUUUGACUUUUUCUCGCAAUUGCAAGUUUAUAUCUCACAAUUCAAACUUUUUUUCUCAGAAUUGUGAGAUAUAAACUUAGGAAUUGUGAGAAAAAAGAUUGUAUUGUAAGAUACUCGCAAUUAUAAAAAGUCGUAAUUACCUUUUUUAUCACAAUUCUGACUUUUUUUUUUUCUCUGAAUUUUGAGUUUAUAUCACAAUUCUGAGAAGAAAAAAGUUGAUUGC